AUGGCCGAUAAAUUAUUCGCUAGAUAUGAUUUCCCUCUGCUCGUCAAUAAUAGCCGAAUUGUUCAACUACUGUGCACCGUCAUGCAGUUGAUUUUCGUUUACACCGAGUCCGGCUCCCUAUCAUUAUUCACAUUUUUGUUCUAUUCGAUUCUCAUCGGAAUGCACGUUCUUCAUCUAGCGCGACGAUGGUAUUACAACAUCGACGGUCGAUACGACAUGCGUCAGAUGCUCCGCGACAACGAAGCCACACUGCGCAUUCAAUACGCCGUUGCGCUUUUCGCGCCGCUCGUACUUGGAUGCUUGACCUACUGUCUUGUCACCCUCAACAAUGGGCUCAUCCACACACUUUUCCAUCUCAGCACAAUGAUUCAGGUAUUUUGCGCGUUCAUGCAGCUCGCGUGCGAAUUCUACGAAGUGAUAGCAAAUCAGAAUAAAAAGUAA